AUGGAUGCUAUUGCUGACCCAACAUUCCAACAAACAAAGGCAAGAUCGAUACAUACAGAAGAAUUACCCUCUUUACUUACUGUAGUUCUUGAUACAUCACCUAAAUCAUGGAUCAAAUUUGAUGAGGAAACCGAUAAAAAGGAUAAUAUUCUACAUGUUUUGCAAGCAUUAAUUGUAUUUUUGAAUGCUCAUCUAUCUUUCAAUACAUCCAAUCAGGUCGCUGUUAUUGCAGCGCAUUCACAUGGGAUCAAAUAUUUAUAUCCAAAGAAUAAAAAUAACACUGAUAGCGGUAAUGGUAGUACUACCACAGAUAAUAACGAUACUAAGAUAGAUACUGUGUCUAAUUCAAAUGAUCAAUGUAUUAUAAGUCCUGGAAUGUAUAGAAGAUUUAGGAAUGUAGAUGAAACUCUAAUUGAAGAAGUCGUAAAAUUAUUUAAUGAAGAAAAAGAACGUGUAGAUAAAACUAUACAAAAAAGCACGUUACCAGGGGCUAUGUCAGCUGCUUUAGCUUAUACCAACAGAUUGCUAAAGGAGUUCGAAACAUUAUCGUUGAAAUGUAGAGUAAUGGUAGUGACAUGUGGUAACUCGGAUCAAAAGGAGGAAAUUUUCCAAUAUAUACCAAUUAUGAAUUGUAUAUUCUCGGCUACAAAGAUUAAAUGCCCCAUUGAUGUGGUGAAAAUAGGCGGUUCAAAAGACUCAACGUUCCUACAACAAACGACUGAUGCUACAAACGGUGUAUAUUUACAUGUGGAUUCCACAAAGGGGUUAAUCCAAUAUUUAACUACUGCAAUGUUUAUUGACCCAUCUUUAAGACAAAUUAUUGUAAAACCGAAUCAAGGUUCAGUAGAUUUCAGAACAUCUUGUUAUUUAACGGGUAAAGUCGUCGCUGUAGGAUACAUUUGUUCUGUGUGUUUAUGUGUCUUAUCCAUAAUUCCACCUGGAAACAAAUGUCCUGCUUGUGAUUCUGAAUUCGAUGAACGUGUGAUUGCUAAAUUAAAAAAGAGACCUGUUGUACCCAAACUUAAGAAAAGAGUCAAUAAAUCAAAAUAA